CCGGGAUAUAUAUUAAAAAAGGGCACGUGCUUUGCAAAUUGUGACACACGAGCCAAGAUGGCGGCUUGCAGGAGAGGAGGAGCAGAAGGGAGGCCUCCUCGGGAGUAAAAGCCCAAAGAUGGAGUCGCCAAUAGAGGGUUUGGAUGGCCUCUAUGGGCCCCUGAGCUUCUUAUGGCUGAACCGCUUCUACCUUUAUUCUGGUGCCGCCUUUGGGUUUGGCCUUUGGAUCUGCCUCCAGCUGCUCCUUGGCAAAAGCCCAAAGCAGAAGCAUGUAAAGGAGUUUGAAAAGCUUCCAAAAAGCCCAGUUUUCCAAAAAGAGGAGAAAAACCAAAUUAAUGGCGUGAAAAUAUUUUACGGAUCCCAGACUGGAACGGCGAAGAGGUUUGCCUUGAAGCUGGCUGAAGCCGUCGCCUCAUCGGAUCUGCCAUCAGAAGCCAUUGAUAUGAAGGACUACGAUCCGGAGGAUGCUCUGGCGGAAGAGGCCCGUCGGAGCACAGUCUGUGCCUUCCUGGUGUCCACUUUCACAGAUGGACAGCCUCCGGAGAGUGCGGUUUGGUUUUGUAAAUGGUUGCAGGAAGCGGCCAAUGACUUCCGGGUCGGGAAGCACUUCCUGCGUGGAUUGCGCUUCGCCGUUUUCGGCCUGGGAGACUCUGCCUACCAGGAGAACUAUAAUGUAGUGGGCCGGCAUGUGGACCAAUGGCUGUGGAGCCUGGGGGCCCAGCGGGUGCUGCCUUUGUGCCGAGGGGACGCCGACCCUUCGAGGGGGAGCCUAGAAAGUGACUUUGAGGCCUGGAAAGCCCGUCUGGUCUUGCGGCUGAAGGCCCUGCAGAAGAAGGAAGAAGGAGGGAAGGAAGGAACGAAGAAGAAGAAGAGCAAGAAAGGAGGACAGCAGCCCCACAAGGAAGGAGCCGAGGAGACGCAGGGUCCACCAGAGGAUCAAUUUGAAUCCAGCAGUGAAGGAGAAGAAAAGAAAGCGGAUCCUGUGACUGAUGUUGAGGAUCUGGGCCCCGUCAUGCGACGCAUGAAGAAAGCCCAGGAGGAAGAAAAGGAGGCCGGGAAACCAAGGGAGAUGAUCACACCGGUCUUGAGAGAAGCCCUCACCAAGCAAGGUUACAGAUUGAUAGGGAGCCAUUCGGGAGUGAAGCUCUGCCGCUGGACAAAGUCGAUGCUCAGGGGACGCGGCGGGUGCUACAAGCAUACCUUCUAUGGGAUUGAGAGCCACCGCUGCAUGGAGGCCACCCCCAGCCUGGCCUGCGCCAACAAGUGCGUCUUCUGCUGGAGGCAUCACACGAAUCCAGUAGGGACCGAGUGGCGCUGGAAGACAGAUGACCCGGAAGUGAUCUUCAAGGAAGCCGUGGAAAACCAUCUCAGCCUCAUCCGGCAGUUCAAAGGGGCGCCUGGUGUGCAGGAGGAGCGCCUGCGUUCGGCGCUGUCCCCUCGCCAUUGCGCGCUGUCCCUGGUGGGGGAGCCCAUCCUUUACCCGCGCAUCAAUGCCUUCCUGCGCCUCCUCCACCGCAGCCGCAUCUCCAGCUUCCUGGUCACCAACGCACAGUUUCCUGACGAACUGCGUGGGCUGGAGCCGGUGACGCAGCUGUACGUGAGCGUGGAUGCCGCCACCAAGGAGAGCCUCAAGCGCAUCGACCGCCCGCUCUUCAAGGACUUCUGGCAGCGCUUCCAUGACAGCCUCACCGCCCUAGCACAAAAGAAGCAGCGCACAGUCUAUCGGCUGACGUUGGUCAAAGCAUGGAAUGUGGAUGAGUUGAAAGCCUAUGCUGACUUAGUGGCCCUCGGGACCCCGGACUUCAUUGAGGUCAAAGGGGUGACGUACUGCGGCGCGGGGGGCCUGACGCUGGCCAAUGUGCCCUGGCAUGAGGAGGUGUUGCGCUUUGCCCAGGAACUGGCCGCCUUCCUCCCGGACUACGAGGUGGCCUCCGAGCACAAGCACUCCAACUGCCUCCUCAUCGCACACACCAAGUUCAAGAUGGAGGGCGCCUGGCACACUUGGAUCGACUUUGACCGCUUCCAGGACCUCCUCCAGACCGGGGAGCCCUUCUCGGCCUGCGACUACGCGGCCCCCACCCCUCCUUGGGCCACUUUUGGGGCCCCCGAGCAGGGCUUUGACCCUAAGGAGACCCGCGUCCAGCGCAAGGACAAAGCCAAGGACCUUUCGGGUUGCUGACCCCCAAAAGGAGCUCGUGUGAGAGGUCACGUCAUGGACAUUAUGGGGACCGGGAAGCCCCCCGUAGCCUUCAGGAGGGAUUUUGAUGUUCUAGGGAUCCCAUUGAGACCCUACUUCCAUCCUAUUUGGACCCAGUGGGACCCUACAUUUGUAUCCUGUAUGAACCCUAUAUUUUGACUCUAUAUCUUGGCCUUAUUUGAACCCUAGAUUUCAACCCUAUACUUGGGUCUCAUUUUGCCGCCUUUGAAUUCUAUUUUGACCCCAUUUGGACCCUAUAUUUCAACCCUAUACUUAAGUCCCAUUUUACCUCCUUUGGGUUCUAUUUUGAUCCCAUUUGGACCCUAGAUUUCAACUCUAUACCUGGGUCCCAUUUUGCAUCCUUUGGGCCCCAUUUGGACCCUAGAUUUCAACCCUAUACUUGGGUCUCUUUUUACCUCCUUUGGACCCCAUUUGGACCCUAGAUUUCAACUCUAUACCUGGGUCCCAUUUUGCCUCCUUUGGACCCCAUUUGGAUCCUAGAUUUCAACCCUAUACUUCGGUCCCAUUUUGCCUCCUUUGAGUCCUAUUGGGACCUCAUUUGGACCCUAGAUUUCAACCCUAUCUUUGGGUCCCAUUUUACCUCCUUUGGACCCUCUCUUUGAACCCUAUACUUGGGUCCCAUUUUGUCUCAUUUUGUCAGACUCUGGAAUAUCUUGGAGUUCAGCUCACAGAAAUAAAACGCUGGAGACAA